ACGUAAUGUCCAUACGCGUCGAGCGCCUUGUUUUAGCUAUAAAAACAUUACGAAAAAUUGUUUUAACGCAUUCACGAAAUCUUCUAACAUAAACAUCGAGCUAGAAAUUUACGCAAAAUGAAUCGAUUCCUUUGCUUCUUUGCAGCUAUUCUGGUUGUUGCCAAUGGCUACGCUACUGGUGGAGGCGCGGGCGGUCAGUAUGGCUCCGGCGGUGGUGGUGGUGGAGGAAGCGUGAUCGCCGGACGUGCCUAUCAGAUUCAGCCAGCUGUUUCAGUGCAAACAGUCUCUGCGAUUGGUGGUGGUGGCGCUGCCUCAGGUGGUUACGGUGGCUCAUCAGGAGGCUAUGGUGGCUCUUCAGGAGGCUACGGUGGCUCAUCGGGCGGCUAUGGAGGCUCCUCUGUUGAUAUUAGGAGCUUGCUUGCCGCCCUUGGUGGUGAAAUCUCUGCGCAACAGGCGCUUAGACUCGUACAGUCACUGCCAUCCGCUGGACGCCCACUAGUUGACAUCACAGGCCUUAAAGCCAAUAGCGGCAAUAGUGGUUAUGGUGCUGGUAACGGAGGAAAUCUUGCUUAUGUUGUUAAAUCGAGUGGUGGCUCGUCUAAAAGUGCUCCUGCUCCAGCUUACAGCGCUCCUGCUCCUGUUGUUUACAACGCUCUUCCAGCUGCCCCAGCUGCAAGUGCUGGAUACGGAUCCUCAGCACCCGCUGCAGCUGAAAUUUCUUCCGCCGCUGCUGCUGGUAGCUACAUCUCAGAUGGGAGCGACAGUGCAGCACUCGCAGCUGGCUACUAAGCAAAAUUUGUGAUAUUAAAUAUAAUAUUUUCACUAAAUUAAAUGUUCGAGUUUGAAUACAGAAUAAAAUGUGAUAUUUCGAACAAAGAAAAAAACAAAAGA